AAAACAGGAUAAUCAUAGUCAAUCGAUACAAUGGUUUCUCAAAGACGAGAAGUUUAUCAAGAAACAAUUGAACCUGAGGCUGAGCCUCUGCACCAAGACCAUGAUGACGAGCCAGAAGAGAAGAGAACUUGUGCCCAAAGUUGUAUGUAUGCCUUCAGAAAGGUCACCGUUGAGCCAACUGUCUUGCUUUUCAUCAUGGGUUACAUGAUUGCUAGCCUGGCCACGACCAACUUAAGCCUGCAGAAAGCUUGUCGAGUGAACCUUAAUUUCUCUGAUGAAAUAUGCACAGCAAUGAACGAUCAAACGUUAGACAGUCAAAACGAAUUCGAGAGAGAAGCACAGAGACUGCUGGCAAGAGCGUUGUCCUGGAGGACAUAUAUCACCGCAACAAUACCGUGUGUGAUAGGACUCUUCGUAGGUCCAUGGCAGGACAAGACGGGCCGAAGAAAAAUAUUUCUUGUAAUCGCUCUCAUGGGACAAGUCCUCGGUUGCAUCAACAGUAUGAUUAACGUGUAUUUUUUCUAUCAACUCAACUUGGAGGUUUUGAUCUUCACUGAAGCUUUGCUGGAUGCGUUGAGUGGGGGAUCGUGUGUUGUGAUUAUCACUGUGUUCUCAUUCAUAUCUACUAUAACUACAGAGAAGAAUAGAACUUUUAGAAUGGGGUUAGUGAAUUUCAGUCUAACUGUGGGAUUGCCGGUUGGGAUCGCGUCAAGUGGAAUUAUGUUGAGAAGUCUGGGCUUCUACGGGCCCUUUGGAUUCUCUUUAGGAAUACAUCUCAUCAACGCGAUGUAUAACGCAUUUGUGUUGAAAGAUCCGAAAAGAACAGAAGAACAAAAGAAGCACGAUGGGCAGGGCGUCCGCUACUUCUUCAGAACGUUCUUUGAUCUUUCCAACAUUAAGGAGACUAUCAAAGUGGUAUUCAAAAAUGGACCUAAAAGACGUCGGCUGAGGAUGUGUGUGCUGAUGGUGAUAGUCACCUUCUUGUUUGGACCUAUGUUUGGUGAAAUGUCUGUUAUGUACAUGUCUACACGGUACCGAUUCAACUGGGACGAAGUUAAAUACAGCCUCUUCCAAGCAUACAACUUUAUUACGCAUACAAUUGGCACGGUAUUCUCCAUUACGGUCUUCAGCAAAUACCUCCAAUGGCACGACUCCAUGCUGGGCAUCAUCUCCACCGUCAGCAAGAUUGCAGCUUCUUUCGUCUACUGCUUUGCUCCUAACGAGACAAUCUUCUUUAUUGGUCCAAUGGUUGAAAUACUGAACGGCACAUCGAUGUUAGCUUUGCGGUCGAUAUUCUCAAAGUUGGUAGCUGCAGAUGAGAUAGGAAAAGUGAACUCUAUAAUCGGUCUAACAGAGACCCUAAUGCCGUUGGCUUAUGUUCCUCUGUACACACAAGUGUAUACAGCGACGAUGGAAGUGCUGCCUGGUGCUGUAUUCCUAUUAGGAGCAGCCAUGACCUUACCAGCUGUAGUGGUGUUCAUAUGGUUGUUCGUGGAGCAUCGCAGGGGCUUAAGAAAAAAACCUGUAAUAGAAAAUGGCACUGAAGUUCCUCUCAAACAAAUGUGAAAAUUCUAGUGCAAUUUAAUAUUAAGUUAACGAAAUUUACUACCUAGCUAGUUACAAUAUAAGUAGUAAGUUAAGGUUUAAACAAUUGCUACUUAGGCACGCUCAUUUCCAGUUGCUCGUGCACGCUUUAUGAGUAGGUACCUUAACAUCCGUUUUAGAAAUUGAUUCGAUUGGUCGCAUGACUCUACUGUUUUAUGCCUUUGAAUGAUAGAUGCGACAUUGACUAGUAGCGGUUAGGUCCCUAUUUGAGAAACAUUGUUUAUUUUCAUGUUUGAAAUAGUUUCUAAUAACUAUGAAAUCAAUAGGCUAGAGUCUAGACUAAACUUUUAACAUUUACUUACCUAAAAUUGUGCAACCUUUUGGUUUAAUAAUUGUAUUACUAAAUUAUAAGAUUAUUGGAACCCAACGUACUUAAGUAAGUAGUAACAAUAUUCUAGAUAGCAUUUAAUAUGAAAUUGUUAUAGAUACUUUUAUAAAGUAUGUAAGGAUAGGAUACUUGAUUAUUUUUGUAUUUUUAUAAAUGGUGUACUGUGCUGCCUAUAAGUAGGUAAUACCACUAUUUUGUGGUAAUACACUGAGUCACUGACCUUUAACAGUUGUGUUGGGUUUAUACAUACCUCUUCUGUAUACAUAUAUUGAUAAUUCGUGAAUGGUUUUUUGAACGUUUUUUAAGUAUAACAUUACUUACUGUUCAUAAACAUUAUUUUGUAAGUUUACUGCGACAAGUAUUCAUCAAAAUAUAUCUGUAAAAAGCUGAAAA